AUGGCUUCUCAUGAUCCAGAUGAUAGCUCGACCUUUCAGCUCUCGGACGAAGAAGGCGAACCAUUACUCCCACUAGAACGAGAGACAAACAAUUUCGCCGUACACGAAGACGAAGACUCAUCCACGAACGAUACCCAAGAAACAGAGAGUCAUGAAAAUGAAGUUGUCUUGACCAAAAGACAAUCAUGGAGUCUUUAUCUAUCUCACUUCUUAUCUACUUGGAAUGCAAGGGGAUACGAGUUUGCUGCUAUUAUCUUCACGGCAUCUGCAUAUCCUGAGACACUCACGGCUUCUUCGAUUAGAGGUAUCAUCACAACUAUCGCAACCCUAGCAUUGUCCGCCUCGGUGGGUCGAUGGUGCGAUACACAUCCUUCUCGGCUACAAACUUUGCGCAUAACCAUAUUCUUACAACGUAUAUGUGUCGUAUUUGCAUGUCUUGGAUGGUUUUUUAUUGUCGGGGAAGAAUUUUUGGGUGGCGGGCUAUUUUCGGUUAUGCCCGUACCUGCAUCCCGUAAAGGCGGCCAAGCUGGAAUUCUCGAUGGAAAUUGGCUGGCAAAAGCCGCAAUUAUGGCUGUGGUGAUGAUCUUGGGAAUUGGGGAACGGCUUAGUGCUGUAGGAAAUAUGAUUGUGAUGGAAAGGGAUUGGGUCCCGAGGUUGGCUACUGGUACCUCAAAGCCGUCACUUCCAGAAUUGAAUGCUGUAAUGCGACGGAUAGAUCUUAUCUGCAAACUUCUGUCGCCGAUAUUUAUGUCCGCGAUCAGUGGUUUGCUGCUAGGCGUGUAUGGAGGGGGUGUGAAAGACUUCAAGCGCCAAAAGUUCUCAAUGCCAGGCAAACGGGAGAUGGAAGCGGUAAUAUGUUCAAACUGGAGAGAUGGAGACAAAGCCUAA